UAGUAUUACUCAUCAUUACACUAUUGCUAUACUUCUGCUCUGCUUCUUCUCAGUUUCUCAGUCCUCACUUUCACACUCUCUCUCUCUCUCUCUCACUGUGCCAAAAUGUGAAUGCGCGCACACACACAUCCGUCGCCAAAGCUCAUCACCUUCCAUUUUCACACACUGAAGAUGUUCGCCGCCUCCACCUCCGCCUCCGCCCUCCUCCUCCGCCUUCUCGUCCUCUUCUCCUUCAUCCUCCGCCCCUUAUCCUCUACCUCUACCCUCCACCACCGCCGCAUUCUCCACCAACCCUUUCUCCCGCAAGAUUCAUUGCCCCCUUCAUCACCCCCCAUUCCCUCCCCACCAUCACCUCCCAGUUACCCUUUUACGAGUUCCACUCCUGACAACUCCCCCUUCUUCCCCUCCUUCCCCUCCCCGCCUCCUCCGCCCUCCCCCGCCUCCUUUGCCUCCUUCCCUGCAAACAUCUCCUCCCUCACCGUCCCGCAUACCUCCAAUCCCAAUUCCUCCUCCUCCUCCUCUAAACUGAUUGUCGGCGCCAUCGCCUCCGUUGUUGCUGCCGUUGUCGUUGUCUCCCUCGCCGUCUUCCUCCAUCUCCGUAGGCGCACCCGAAGACAUGGAUCAUCAUCCUUCAACCAAUCCAAAACCCCGAGAUCCGAUAGCAACAGCACCAUUUCAUUCAAUCAGACACCCAGUACCCACCACAUUCCGAAGCUUCAGAGACCUUCGCAAACCAGCUCGGAGUUCUUGUACCUGGGCACUUUGGUGAGUUCCCAUGCCCCCGGCGCCGGCGCUGCUUUCAACGGAAGCAGCACAAGCACAAACAACUCCCGAAAGAUGGAGUCACCGGAGCUCCGCCCUUUGCCGCCUUUGAACACGCAACAGGGUUUCCGGCAGAAUUUCCGCGGUAAUGCUGAAGUGGUGUCGAGUAAAGAUGAUGAGAGUGAAGAGUUUUACUCUCCCAAAGGCUCCAUUAAUGGCAGAGAUAGCUCGAUUGGCACUGGAUCAGCUUCUAGAAGGGCUUUUGCCGCUAUAGAGGUGGAGAAUUUCAAUGGCUCCACGUCAAAUUCUUCAUCCACUUACUCUUCUUCGGCGCCCGGAUCGGGUUCGGGUUCGGGUUCUCCGGUGAGGUCUGCUACCUCGAGUCUUUCUCCGGCUAACGAUUCGAGCCCAAAAAAUUUGAUUCUGAAGUCACCUGAAUUAACUGAGAUUCAGAGUAUUUCGCCGUUGCCUCCGCAUAUGCUAUCACCGCAGGAAACAGGAGGUUUAGCAUUCCGGGAAUCUGCAUCUCCAUCGCCCCCCAGUUCUUCUUCCCCGGAAAGACAUUCGAGGAGAAGUGAGGAAUCAUCACCGAGGAAUUCCAACGUUUCGGAUCUGCAUGUGGAAUCUCCGGUGAGAGUUAGUAGCCUUGUCCAGCAUAACACCACUGCUGUUGCCACACAGCCGGCGACAAGUAGUUUGGUGUUGCCGGAAUCUGCAUCGUCGUUGCCACCGAAUUCAUCGUCCCUCGAAAGGCGUUCGAGGGAAAGUGAGGAAUCGUCGGCUAGGAACUCGAAUGUAUCGGAUCAGAAAGUGGAAUCUCCAGUGAAAGUUAGUAGCCCAGUUCAGCGUAACGCAGCUGUUAUUUCUACGCCGUCGGAGAUACAAGGUAUAGUGCUUCCUGAAUCUGCGUCCUUGUUAAAACCCCCGAGUUCAUCGUCCCCGGAAAGAUUUUUGAACAGCAGUGAGGCAUCUUCGCCGAGGAUAUCUAAUGCUUCAGACCAGAAUGUGGAAUCUCCUACGAGAAUUAGCAGCCCUGUUCAGCACAACUCCGUUAUUCUAAAGCUGCCGGAGAUGCAAGAUUCAGUGUUUCAGGAUUCCGGGUCGCUGUUGCUCCCCCGUUCAUCGUCGCCGGAAAGAUAUUCGAACAGAAGUGAGGAAUCUUCGCCAACGAAUUCGAAUGCUUCCGAUCAUGAUCUGGAAGCUCCGGCGAGAAUUAGUAGCCCUGUCGAGAAUAACUCUGUUAUUCCAACAAUGCCGGAGAUGCAAGGUUUGAUGUUUGCAGAUUCUGCAUCGCAGAUGCCACCGACAGCAUCGUCCCCGGAAAGAUAUUUGAGCAGAAGUGAGGAAUCCUCCCCGAGGAUUUCCGAUGUUUCCAACCAGAACGUGUACUCUCCUGUAAGAAUUAGUAGCCCUGUCCAUCAUAACACCAUUAUUAUUCCACCACCGACAGAGAUGCAAGGUUUGGUGAGUGAGGAAUCAUCGCCGAGAAAUUCGAACAUUUCAGAAGCUGAUCAGAAUGUGGAGUCUCCUGUGAGAAUAAGUAGCCCAGUUCAUCAUAACAUAUCCGUCGCUCCAAUGCCAUUUGAUAUGCUUGAUAUGAUGUUCCCAGAGGCUGCACCGCCUGUGGGAAUAAGUAGCUCAGUUCAUCAUAACAGUUCUGCUACUACAAUGCCAUUCGAUAUGCUUGAUAUGGUGGUCCCAGACGCUGCACUUUCACCUGUGAUAAUAAGUAGCCCAGUUCAUCAUAACAUCUCCGUUACUCCAAUGUCAUUUGAUAUGCUUGAUUCGGUGUUUCCAGAGGCUGAACCUCCAUUGCUGUGGUGUUCAUUGUCCCCCGAAAGAUGUUCAGAGAAAAAUCAGGACUCAUCUCCAAGAAAUUCAAAUGUUUCGGAUCAGGAAUUGGAGUCUCUGGUGAGAAUUAGCAGUCCAGUUCAGCACAACACCUCUGUUGACCCAACACCAAUGGAGAUGCAAGAUUUGGUGUUUCAAGAAUCUGUAAUUCAGUUGCCGCCAAGUUUAUUGUCACCUGAAAGGUGUUCAAACAGAAGUGAGGAAUCGUUGAGAAUUAGCAGCCCAGUUCAGCACAACACCUCUGUUGACCCAAAACCAAUGGAGAUGCAAGAUUUGGUGUUUCAAGAAUCUGUAAUCCAGUUGCCACCGAGUUUGUUGUCACCUGAAAGGUGUUCAAACAGAAAUGAGGAAUCGUCUCCGAGAAUUUCAAAUGUUUCUGAUCAAAAUGUAGAAUCUCCAGUGGGAAUUAGCACUGUAGAGCAUGACAUUACUAUUAUUUCAACACCAUCAGAGAUGCAAAGUUUGGUAAUUCAAGAAUCUGCAUUGCUCUCGCCCCAGAGGUCACUGUCGCCAGAAAGAAAUUCAAGGAGAAGUGAAGCAUCAUCGCCACUGUUUUCAAAUGUUUUGGAUCACAGUGCGGAAUCCCCCAUGAGAAUUAGCAGCCCUGUACAGCACGAUGCCACUGUUAUUCUAGCACCACCUCCACCUCCACCACCAGUUUCUGUUCCACCGCCACCAUCUCCACCUCCACCACCACCACCACCAGUUUCUGUUCCAUCGCCACCACCUCCACCUCCACCUCCACCUCCUCCAAGUAAAGCAUGGGAAAGUCCAAAAACUCCAACUCCGGCAGCCAAAAAGCCCAUGGAACCUCCGGUUCUGAUAAGGCCCUUAAGACCGAUUGCUGUCGAAAGUCCCACAUUGAUUUCCCCAAUUGAGUUGCCUACAAAUGAUUCACAAACUGUCAAGACUGAUGGGGAUAAAGAAUCUCCAAAUACAGAAACUGAGCACUCAAGCGAAGACACGGACAGUAAUCCUAAACCAAAAUUGAAGCCAUUGCACUGGGAUAAAGUAAGAGCAAGUUCUGAUCGGGAGAUGGUGUGGGAUCAACUCAAAAGCAGCUCUUUUAAGUUGAAUGAGGAGAUGAUUGAGACAUUGUUCGUUGCGAAUACUUCAAAACCAAAUCCAAAGGAAACAAGGUGGCAGGUUCUUCCCUCACCCGGGCAAGACAAUGGUAACAGGAUUCUUGAUCCCAAGAAGGCUCAAAAUAUCGCCAUCCUGUUGAGGGCACUCCAUGUAACUGUAGAUGAAGUUUGCGAAGGCCUUCUGGAAGGGAAUGGAGAUGUUCUUGGUACUGAACUUCUUGAGAGUUUAUUGAAGAUGGCUCCAUCUAAGGAAGAGGAACGAAAGCUGAAAGAACACAAGGAAGAUUCUCCAGUCAAGCUUGGGGCUGCCGAGAGAUUUCUGAAGGCAGUUGUUGACAUACCUCAUGCAUUCAAAAGAGUAGAUGCAAUGCUAUACGUAUCCAAUUUCGAAUCUGAGGUUGAGUACCUGAAAAAGUCAUUUGCAACUCUGGAGGCAGCUUGUGAAGAAUUGAGAACGAGUAGGAUGUUCCUCAAACUUCUCGAAGCUGUGCUGAAGACUGGGAACCGCAUGAAUGUGGGAACGAAUCGGGGCGAUGCACAUGCAUUCAAGCUUGACACGCUGCUCAAGCUUGUUGAUGUCAAGGGAGCCGAUGGGAAAACCACGCUUUUACAUUUCGUCGUUCAGGAGAUCAUAAGAAGCGAAGGAGCUCGACUCCAAGAAAACUCCUCCACAAACGAUGAUGCCAAAUGCAGGAAACUGGGUCUCCAAGUCGUUUCUGCUCUUAGCUCAGAGCUCUCAAACGUCAAGAAAGCUGCUGUAAUGGAUGCAGAAGUGCUCAGCAGCGACGUCUCCAAGCUUUCAAGAGGAAUCGAAAACAUCAGAGAUAUUGUUCGACUAAACGAGACAACGUCUUUGGAGGAAACAAGCGGCCGUAAGUUCUCCAACGCAAUGAACAGUUUCAUGAAAAGGGCCGAGGAGGAGAUCAUAAGGAUUCAAGCCCAAGAAAGUGUUGCUCUAUCGCUGGUAAAAGAGAUAACCGAAUAUUUCCAUGGAAACUCAGCUAAAGAAGAAGCUCAUCCUUUCAGAAUCUUCAUGGUGGUAAGAGAGUUCCUAACAAUCUUGGAUCGCGUAUGCAAGGAAGUUGGGAUGAUAAAUGAACGAACAAUAGUUAGUUCUGCACACAAAUUCCCCGUCCCCGUUAAUCCAAUGCUACAGCAAGCCUUGGGAGGGUUUCAUAAGCGGCAAUCUACAUCGUCCGAUGAUGAGAGCCUUCCCCUUAAUGCUUGAUGCAGACAUCAGGUGACCUUUUCCUAUGUUUUCUUGCCAUGAAAAAUGUUGUCUAUGAAGGGGUGAGCAGGAUGUUUCAUAGUAUGGUGCCUACCAGUCUUUUAGGUACUGGUGUUUUUCUUUCUCUUUGUAAUAUUUUGUAUUUAUUAGAUAGAUGAAUGUAAAAGAUUUUGGAAACCUUCGGGUGUUGUAGAGUUAUACGAAGAAAAAGUCUCUUGGAAGCAAUAAGAGUAAUAGAGUAUUGUCGGAGGAAA